ACGCAGGGUAGGAUAUCAAGCUUUCUUUAAUUGUUUGUUAUGACAAGCAGUAGUUUAUGAAUUUGUAAUUUGUGUUGUUGCAGUUGAAGUAAAUUAUGUGGCCAGUGGAUAAAAUUGCAAGACUUUGUUACGAUCAUUUUCGUAACUUGCCUAAAAGAGGAAAGCCUGAACUAGGUAGAGAGUGGACACUUCUGGCAGCUGUAGUGGAAGUGCGAGAGAACCCCAAUGGAGAGAAGAUUGAGUUGAAGGUUGUGUCUUUGGGAACUGGAACGAAAUGCAUUGGGCGUACAGCAAUGAGCCCUAAGGGAGAUAUACUGAAUGACAGCCAUGCUGAGAUCAUCGCCAGGAGAGGGUGUGUCAGGUACCUGAUGGAGCAGCUGCGACUUGCAGUGUUGGGAGAGAGCAAUGCUCUGUUCUGCCCUGCGGAGGAGGUGGGCAAGUGGAAAGUGCAUCCUGAAGUGUCGUUUGUGUUCUUUACCAGUCACACUCCCUGUGGAGAUGCAUCCAUCAUUCCCAUGAUGGAGAGCCCAUCACAGCCUUGCCCAAUGGUUAAGAUGGAGGAUGAUGAGGGGGAAGGCAGUGAUACACCUGAUACACCAGACACAGCCCUGAAACGCAGAGUAGAGUGGCAAGAGGAGCAGGCCAACAAGCGCCACAGGGCAGACCAGCAGACGCACCAGGCUGUUGGAAGACCCGGUGAGGAGAUGAGGACUUGUUCUCCUCCACCGGCGGAAAAGGCGCAUCCCGUGGGAGACCCAUGUAAAGCAUCAGAGACUCCAGAGACCGGCGCACGAGAGGGCGACGUUGCUAAGGAGCGCCAGGCGCCAGAUGUCCACCGAACCGGCGCCAAGAGCGUCCCCGGGGAGGCCUGCGACCCGAAGGCGCCUGGCGUCCGUUACCAUAACACAGGGGUGCUGCGCGUGAAGCCGGGCCGCGGGGAGCCCACCCUGUCCCUGGCGUGCAGUGACAAAAUGGCCCGCUGGGCUGUGCUCGGCUUCCAGGGAGCUCUUCUGAGCCACUACCUGCAGGAGGCGAUCUACUUCAGGGCAGUGAUCACUGGGAAGUGUCCUUAUAGCCAGCAUGCAAUGCAGCGAGCAUUGUGUAACCGGUGCGCCCAGGUGACGGAUCUCCCGCCAGGCUUCUCCAUCCACCCCCCUGAGCUCCUGCAGUCCAGCCUGGAGUUUGCCCACAGCCAGGCACAGACCCAGCACUCUCACCAGAGCCACAAGGGCAGGGUUUCACCCUGUGGAGCAGCAAUUAGCUGGUGUGCUGUCCCCAACCAGCCACUAGAUGUCACUGCAAAUGGGUACAAGCAGGGGAUAACCAAGAAAGCUGUGGGCACACCACUGGCAAGGUCACUUAUCUCAAAGGUUGAGCUGUUUCACAUUUUUCAAACGGUUGUGACUGCAACUUCAAAUGUCCUGCUCCCCUCCUCACUCAGGGAGAGGGAGCUGCAGACGUACUGGGAUUACAAGCAGGCAGCCGGAGCGUACCAGCAGGCAUGGCAGCAGCUGCGCACGCAGGUUUUCUCCCUGUGGCCGCGCAGUCCUCGAGAGCUGCUGCAGUUCCGCUGAGGACCCGAGACGAGUCCCCCUCCACAGGCUUUAGGACCCUCUGACCCCCACAGUCGGGGAGGGUGACUGUUGUUGGGACUGGAAGCCGAGCAAGUUUUCUUCUUUUUUUUCCCCCUCCAUGAGGGGAAGCGAGGACACAGGCAAACACAGAUGUGCAGGAGAAGGGACAAUGGAGAGACACGUGAGGCCAGGCCAGUCUCGGAUGCGCUUUGAGGACAAGACUGAAGCGCGGAGGGCCCAGACAUGGACUCACAGUCGGGGUGGGAAGAGUGGACCAGAGUGGACAGCCAACAACAGCACAGUAGAACAGCUGGGUGACCUCAGGCAACCGCCCCAAGUGAAAUGCUGACACUUACACUGAUAAAGAGGUCAUCAUCCUCAUCAUCAUGGGAAACAAGACUUUAAAGGAGAAAUCCAACAAAUUUUAAUCGCUAAAACGAUUUGAUUGAUUUCCGGGCGGGGGGGAGACCAACAGUACCAACAGUACUCGGUGACCUUGAGAAGCAAAGACGUGAAAAAAAAUGCUAAGAAAACGUAUUAAGUUCUGUUUAAAGGUCAAAGUUCAAUGUUUUCUGCAUGAACUAAAGUACAGUAUGGCAUGUGGGAGCAUUGAAUCCUUAUUGCUAGGGUCUUGAUCAUGGUAUUAAAUUAGCAAAUAGAUCCUUGGUUGUAAUAUUUUAUAUUUGGUUAACUUUGCCUGUUAUUUAAAAUGAAGGGCAAUUAUGUUUUAUCACUUUUUUAUUAAUAAAAUAAAAUGUAGUAAUUUUAUCACUUCUAGUUAAACAUGAUAUUGUUGAUAAUGUUGUUGUCCUUGCUGUCUUUUUCCUUUGGUCAGUGUUGUCUUUCGUCGUUUUGUGGGUUGCCCUCUUAGCCAGGGCUCACUUGAAAAAGAGAUAACAAUCUCAGUGUUGUCUUUUGCCUGGUUAAAUAAAGGUAAAAAAAAUAACCAUUUUUGUUUAGCAUAAAAGCUAUGGCGACACAACACUGCCAAAAAGCACUCGCGCUAUAAAACAUGCGUUUGUAAUAAUUUACAGAUGCUUCAUAGUGUAGUUAUUAGAAAGUGUUAUCAAGCUUUGUUUUGCAUUCUUAACAUUACUAACAUACUGUAGAGCUGCGUCUAGUGUAUUUCCACUGGACCGUCUUGAGCAGUCAGGCUGCAGUUGCGGAUGCGGAUACGGACGCCAGUGUGAGAACGGCUCUCGACAUUCCUCCCCUCCUUUAACAAAUGCUGCUCUGUUGUGAUCGGAGCCCUUCCUACCUGUCUGUCCUGUGCUCUGCACUCCUCCAGAGAACCAAUCCGCGCUCUGUGCUUUCUUUUUUGUCCGUCAUCAUCAUUUCCUCUUGUUCUUUUCAUCCUUAAAGUCAUUGUUUCAAAUGUUUGUACAGCUCAUACUGAUGCAGAGAAUAAUGUGUCUCCCCCCUCCAAAAGCAAAUAAAGUGAAA